UUAUAUAACCUUAAAAACCUUGGAGCUGUUUUUUUCGAUUUAGAAAAAAAUAUAUUAAAAUGAUAAUUAAAGAUAACGGCUGUUUUCUUUUAUUAAUAAAUGGACUUGGAUACCUUUUUUGUCUUUUAAAAAACUUAAACUAAUAUAUUGCUAUUGGAGAAAGCUCCAUGGAAAUGUGUCAUUCCAUAAAAAUCAGACAGGUUGAGCUGGUGAAGUCACAGCGCCCUCUACAGGUGGAGCUGUAGAGUCUUUCCUCCUGCGCAGGAAAAAACAAUCAAACCGGCUGUGUUGAACAGUCGGGAGGACAGAACGGAGACACGCCGGGAGAUUACGCGCGCACACACACUCAUCACGCGCUCACACGCCGGUGGAUGUGUGUCUCCAGCAGCUGCGGUGGCACAAAUAUGCGCGCUGACAGCAGCCGUCUCCAUGUGGACCGUUCCUCCGUCGGGAGGAUGUUUCACAGUUUCCCGCGGACUGUCGGCAGGAUUCCCGCCUCUCCGAAGACUUGAGGAGUCGGAGGAACUUUGACUUCAACGCGCGAGCCGGAGGACGGGGAGCGGAGCGGCGAUGCGCGCAGAUGGACGCUCUGGUGCGGCUUUGCGCGCAGAAGCGGCGCGUCGGUAGCGGUCGGCGGGGAUGCUCUCCGCGAAGAAUGCCGCCGCCGGGACCGGCUGCACACGGAGGAUCUGGCCGGCUUUGAAUGGACCUGACACGGACUGGGGCUGAUCAUGUUGAAGCCUCCAGAUCAAUAAGUUAUUAGGGGGAAAACGUCACUUUUUUGGAGCUAGUUUUACGCAAACAUUUUGGAUUUUAUGUGAGAAAUUACCUAAAAUAAUCUUUUUUUUUUGCAUUUUGGUGACUUUUUUUUGCUCAACUUUAAACUUGUUUUUUAAAGAAUGGAUUUGCUUUUGCACUAAAGUUCUUUUUCCAGACUUUCUUGCACUUUAUGGAAUAUAUUUCAUGUGGAUUAUAUCACAACCUCAUGGGACAAAGCAGCAAAAUCGAUUUUUUAUUUUUAUUCUAGAGUGAAAUGAGCACAAAAGUCACUCAUCAUGGGUGGUAGCUGCACUGCUUGUUGGUUUUUCUUCCCGACACUGUUGGCGGUGGGAGCAGCUUUUUCUGGAGUCUUCAACUUCACAGAGAAAGACUUUUUCUCAGAAGACUUGCAGCAGGUCAAAGCUGGAGCCACAGAGCCGUGGAAGCUCCACUCCCACCCCAGCCUUUAUUUUAACCAAGCGGACGUGUUGCACCUGAGACAGCGGUCCUCCACCACCCACAGCCACAUAUUUAAAGUCAUCCGUGCAGCCGUGCUCACCAUGCUGUCCAACUUCCCCCUCUACAUGCCUCCCGUGAAGCAUGAGGAGUUUACCAGCAAGUGGAAUGAGAUUUAUGGGAACAACCUGCCUCCUCUGGCUCUCUACUGCCUGCUGUGUCCCGAGGAUUCUGCCGCCCUGCAGUUCCUCAUCAAGUUCAUGGACAGGAUGGCGGGGUAUCCGGACUGGAAGGUGACCAGUGCGCCAAACGAUGAGGUUCCCAUGGCGCACUCUCUGACCGGGUUCGCCACAGCUUAUGACUUUGUUUACUCUAACUUGGAUGAGCGGAGGCGGGGUUUGUAUCUACAAAAAAUUCGCUCAGAGACAGAAGCGCUGUACGAGGUUUCUAAAUAUCGAGGUUGGGGGAAGCAGUACCUCCAGAACCAUCAAACCACAAACAUUUUAGCCAUUCUGACUGGUGCGAUUGUGGUGGGAUCGCACGACUUUCCAGAGUCAAUGAUGUGGAAGCAAGUGGCUGUGAACUACAUGGAGAAGACCAUGUUCCUGUUGAAUCACGUCGUUGACGGCUCUCUGGAUGAGGGGGUGGCGUACGGGAGCUACACGGCAAAGUCCAUCACGCAGUACGUCUUCUUGGCGCAGCGCCAUUUCAAGAUCGACAACACGCAGAACAACUGGCUGCGGAGCCACUUCUGGUUUUACUACGCCACGCUGCUGCCGGGCUUUCAGAGAACGGUGGGCAUCGCAGACUCCAACUACAACUGGUUCUACGGCCCGGAGAGCCAGCUGGUGUUCCUCGACACGUUCGUGAUGAAGAACGGGACGGGGAACUGGCUGGCGCAGCAGAUCCGAAAGCACCGACCCAAAGACGGUCCCAUGGGGCAGUCCUCGGCUCAGCGCUGGGCCACGCUCCACACCGAGUUCCUCUGGUACAGCGCCCACUUGGCACCGCAGCCCCCUCAAGACUUCGGCAAAGCCAGGAUGCACGUUUUCUCAAACUGGGGGGUGGUUACCUACGGAGCCGGGCUUCCCAACGGUCAGGGUAACACGUUUGUCUCCUUUAAGUCUGGCCGUUUGGGCGGCCGCGCCGUCUACGACAUCGUUCACGACAAGCCGUACUCCUGGGUGGACGGCUGGAACAGCUUUAACCCUGGACACGAGCACCCCGACCAGAACUCCUUCACGUUUGCUCCGAACGGGCAGGUGUUUGUGUCUGAAGCACUUUAUGGCCCAAAGUACAGCUAUCUGAACAAUGUGCUGGUGUUUGGCCCCUCCCCUACCAGCCAAUGCAACAGUCCUUGGGAGGGUCAGCUGGGGGAGUGCGCUAAGUGGCUGCGCUGGACGGACGAAGGGGUGGGUGACGCCAGAGGGGAGGUGAUUGCGGCCUCCUCACACGGCGACUCCAUGUUUGUGAGCGGCGAGGCGGCGUGGGCCUAUUCCCCCGCCAUGAGGCUAAAGAGCGUUUUCAGAGCGCUGCUUCUCCUCAACUCCCAGACGCUGCUGGUGCUCGAUCAUGUGGAGAAGUGGGGCGACUCGCCCGUGAAGUCUUUCAGCACUUUUUUCCACAACCUAGACAUCGACUUCAAAUACGUCCCUUUUAGAUUCAUGGAGCGCUUCAACGGGGCGAUGAUGGACGUGUGGGACGCCCAUUAUAAAAUGUUCUGGUUUGACAGCCAGGGUCAGAGCCCUGAAACCAGAAUACAGGAGGCAGAGCAGGCGGCGGAGUUUAAGAAGAGGUGGACUCAGUAUGUUAAUGUCACUUUUCCAAUGACAGGUACAGUCAGCAGGGUGGCUUACAUCUUACACGGGCCGUACGUCAAAGUGUCUAACUGUAGAUUUAUAGAUAGCAGCAAAAACGGGGUGAGGCUUUCCUUAACCAUAAAUAACACUGAGAAGAUUGUCUCAAUAGCGACAAACUAUCAAGCUAUUGGAGCCCGGCUGGCUUAUUUAGGAUUUGGAGGUCACUGCAAAGUGGAGGAUAGAUAUCAAAUCACCAGAUACGGCAUCGGGACUCAACUCAUCCCUAAACAAAUCGCCACCGACAGCCAGCUGUUUGACAUUGGGUUCACCGUUAACGUGAUAGCGGGGGUGGUUCUCUGUGUGGCCAUCGGGUUCCUGACCCUGCAGAGAAAGUUUUACGUUUGCUUCAGCAGGCUGAUGCGCUAUGCGCUGCUCUCCGUGCUCCUCCUGUGGAUCGCCGAGCUGCUGUUCCUCUCCAGCAGCUGCGAUCAGCUCCUCUGCGGGGUGAAAUGGAAAGGUGCGGGCGCCAGGAGCGAGGUAAACAAACAGAUCCGUCUGUACGAGCAGCAGCGGCUCCCCCUCCCCACCGUCCUAAUAACUACCCUCCCCGGAUCGGGGGCGGAGUUGCUUAAGCACCUUUUCUAUAACACCUCCGACUUUGUUUACAUCAGGGUUCCCACGGAACACGUGGACGUUCCCGAGACCGAGUUUGAGUUCGACUCUCUGGUCGACGCGUGCGAGUGGUCGAGGGCGGAUGCUGUAAACGGGCAGUUUAAGAUGAUCCAGGGCUGGCUGCAGUCGCUGGUGCACGACACCAAGCUGCACUUACAGAACAUCCAGCUCGCCGAGGGCAGCCGGGUCAAACAGACGGCGAGGGUUGGCCCCUCCAGGGACAGGAAAAAAAGGUCCAGGCGCAGAGAGCCGGCGUCGGAGCUGAAGGGCACGCUGCGGGCCAGCCUGGACAGAGACGCUGAGUACAUCAGGGAAAUGAGGCGCCACGUUGCGGAGUACCCCAACGCCAGGGUGGUGCUCAACAUGCGCAGCGGCAGCUGGACGCUGAAGCUGCCCUUCCUUCAGGAAGCUGUGGGACCCUCGUUGAGGACGAUCUACGUGGUGAGGGACCCCCGAGCGUGGAUUUAUCUGAUGGUUUAUAACAGCAAACCCAGCCUUUACUCUCUGAAAAACAUCCCGCAGCACCUUUCCUUGAUUUUCAGCAAAAACUCUGUCGGGGACGGCUGUCCGGUUGUUGCCCCGGAGUUUAAAGUUCUGCAGAGGCUGCUGUCUCGUUCGGAGACGAACCCCGUCCUGACUCUGGCUCACCUGUGGCUGGCUCACACCGCCGCAGCUCUGAGGCUCAGCAAGAGCCUCCCCGAGGAGGCCCACCUCCUCAUGAGGUUUGAGGACUUGGUCGGCUUCCCUCAGGAGACGGCGGAGGCGAUACACACUUUCCUGGGGGUGCCCGUGUCCCCCGCAGCCCUCAAUCAACUCAUGUUCACCACCUCCACCAACCUGUACAACCUGAUGUACGAAGGGGAGGUCUCACCAGCCAGUAUCAACAUGUGGAGGCAGAAGAUGCCAAGAAAGGAUGUCAGACUGAUCGAGGACGUGUGUGGAGCUGUGAUGAAGAGGCUGGGCUACAGCCGCUUCUCCAGCUGACCGCUGCUGAUCAGCUGAUGUCACCUUUACUGUAAUCCAGCUGCCAGUCUUUUGUUUUUGCACUGAUGGUAACGUUUGAGAAUCUUCACCGUCCUGUCCAUGCGUUUUCUCUCUCUGUUGUGUAAAGGCUCAUAGAUGACGGCACCAAACUUAGAUGAGAGAAUAAUAUUUUAUAUUAAAAUGAGUUGAAGGGAGUUGAUUUUUUUAUUUUCCCUUACUCUUUUUUUGAGUAAGCAUUUAGUCAAAACUUGUGAGUUUAAGGCUACAGUCACAUAUCAUAAAAGGCUAAACCGGGGCGACUUAAAUGCAAAUUUUUGGGCAAAUUUUACAGGUGGCUGCAGAUGUUUUGAAGUUUUUUUUAUUUUACAGCUUUUAAGUGAUCAACAAUAAUAACCAAAAUGAAAUCUUGCUUAUAAAAACCCAUUUAAAAGACACAACGUAUCAUUAAGUUGACAAAUAAACUGAAAUAAACUCUUAAAUAAAGAGAUGACCUGAUAAAUACAUUCUUAAAUAUCAGUUCUGACAUAUUUUUAAGUCCCUCAGUUUUUAAGUUUGUAAUAUGUGUUUUUAUUAGUUUUUUUUAUUUCUGUUCUUAGCUUUUUUAUAUUUAUAUUUAUCUUACCUUUAUGUAUAAAUGUAUGUUUUACUUAUAGUCUUGUUAUUUGGAGCUUGAGUCCAUCACAAAAUUAUUAAUUAAAACAUAAAAAUCCAAACUUUCUUUUAAAACAAAGUGAAAAUGUUACGGCAAUUUUUCUCUAAUAGUUGACAUUGUUCAGUGGUCACCGGGUCACAGUUUGGGGUCACACCGUGGCGGUCCAGUGACAUUGGGCGACCACAGGUCGGUGACAGCUGGAGUUGAAGCUCUCACUAUGUCUGAAUUCCUUCCCUACUCUCUAUAUUGCACUUUCAUCACGUCUUAGUGCUGUUCAAAUUCCAAAAUCGACUCCUCCAGAAAUUUCCCAGAAGUCUUUGUGAAAAACUAGUGUGCAUCAAUGCUCAAUACAUUAGCAAACAUAGACCACAAUACAAUGCGGUCAAACAAUUUUUGCGGGAAAAAAAACUUUAUUUUUUAAUAAACCAUCCACAUUUUCAUCAUCAGAACACAGUGGAGUCUCAAAUAUACGUCAUAAAAUGUUCAUAUUGAUUAGAUU